UGUGAUAACAAAUUCCUAUCCACCGUAUAUAUAUAUUAUCAUCAUCGGAUGAGUAAUCAAUCUCACAACACAUAAUGGUGACCAAAGAAAUGGUUUCAUCACGUAAUAUCAUUGAGGUGGCACGAGUCACCCCUACAAACCCCGACUCGUCCGAGUCAGUAACUCUCCCACUCACCUUCUUCGACUUAUUCUGGUACAAACUCCACCCCGUCGAACGAGUCAUCUUCUACAGACUCACCGACGCAACUCGCCCUUUCUUCGACUCAGUCAUCGUCCCCAAUCUCAAAACCUCUCUGUCCUCAUCCCUCUCUCACUAUCUCCCACUCGCCGGCAAACUCGUUUGGGAACAACUUGACACCAAACCAAGCAUCGUCUACUCCCCAAACGAUGCCGUUUCAUUCACCGUCGCCGAGUCAAACGCCGACUUCUCACGUUUAACCGGAAACAAACCAUACCCCACCGCCGAGCUAUACCCGUUCGUCCCCGAGUUACGUGUCACCGACGACUCCGCCUCUGCCGUGUCGUUGCAAGUCACGUUAUUUCCAAACCAAGGGUUCUGCAUCGGCAUAAACGCACACCAUGCCGUUUUAGAUGGAAAAACAACAACCAUGUUUCUCAAAUCUUGGGCGCACGCAUGUAUAAAUCAAGAUUCUUCUCUACCGGAGGAUUUAACCCCAAGUUACGACCGCACGGUCAUAAAAAGCCCGACGGAUUUGGAUACAGAGAUCCUGAACGCUUGGCACUCAGUAGCCAAAAUGUUCACCGGCGGUAAAGAACCAGAAAACCCCAAGAGUUUAAAGCUCUUGUGGUCGCCGGAGAUAGGUCCCCACGUCGUCCGGUACACUCUCAAUCUCACCAAAGAAGACAUUCAAAAUCUUAGAGAACAACUCAAGAGAGAAUCCUCUGUUUCAUCUUCACCAAAGGAGCUUCGCUUAUCCACGUUUGUGAUUGUUUACUCGUACGUUUUGACGUGUAUGAUCAAAGCUAGAGGCGGUGAUCCGAAUAGACCAGUCGGGUUCGGGUUCGCGGUGGAUUGUCGAAGUCUCAUGGUUCCACCGGUUCCAUCGAGUUAUUUCGGCAAUUGUGUCUCUGCUUCUUUUAAAAUGCCGUUUAAGGCAGAGACUUUUAUGAGUAAAGAAGGGUUUUUAGCUGCUGCGAGUAUGGUUAGUGAUUUGGUUGAGGCAUUGGAUGAGAGUACAGCAUGGAAGAUCCCAGAGAUUUUGGGAGCAUUUAUGACUCUUCCACCAGGAGCACAGCUUCUGUCUGUUGCGGGUUCGACCCGGUUCGGAGUAUACGGGUUGGAUUUCGGGUGGGGAAGACCGGAGAAAGUGGUGGUUGUAUCGAUUGAUCAAGGCGAAGCGAUUUCCUUGGCGGAGAGUAGAGAUGGAAAUGGCGGUGUGGAGGUUGGCUUCUCUCUCAAGAAACAUGAAAUGGAUGUUCUCAUUGAUUUGCUUCAUAACGGCCUCAAAGAUUAAAUCAUUUUUCUUCCUCUACAAGAAUAAGUAAUCCAAUCACAUGUCUUUUUCAAUCGUUGUUUUUAUUUCCAAUGGUCCGUGUUUAUAUAGUCGAGAAGGCGGGUUGUGCCCAACGGCUUCGGAACCACCUUUAUAUUGCUCACAAAGCCAGUAGUACCCAAAAUAUCCGUUGAUUAUACUGAAAAAAUUCAUGGAGGUCAUUAGUUUGGUAUAUGUAUUAGGCGAGCGGAUAUUUGGGGAUUUCAGGAUAUCCAUAUAUGUAUUCAUAUCAGUAAUAUCUAUGAUUUUAAUA